GGGAGGGGAACCUGGGACCGAGCUAAGGCCACCCCGAGGGCGCGGGAUCGCGCGCUCAGGGCCUUGGCGACCCCGGGCGCGCCCCUGGGCGUGUGCGCGUGCGCUCGCCACCGGGCUCUGGGCUGCCGCGUUGGGAGGGGCUCGCACCAGGCCCCGCCCCCUCCUCCCCCGCCCCCUCCCACCCUCUUCCCCAGGCGCAGCCUCGCGCGCCGCCUGCAGCCUGAGGGCGGGAUCGGAACCGGGGCCGGGACCGUGAGGUUGCGCGUCCUGACCCCGACCGGGCCUCGGGCCCAGGGCAGCCGCCUCCCGCCGCCCCAUCCCAGGCCCCGCGCGGCCUCGCGAAGCGCAGAGCCGCAGGAUGAAGUUUGAGGCUCCCUAGGUCCGGCAGCGGCGAUCCGCAGGCUAUUUCACGAAGUCAGCGAGGGCGGGGAGGCCCAAGGGGACCCCCGAGUCCCCGCCGACGUGCCGGGCGGAGCUGUCCCCGUCCCUGGGAGCCCCUCCUUCGUUCUCUUCCUUGCUGCCCAGUCGGUGUCGCGGCCCCAGUGUCCGCGCGGACCCCGCCCCUCCGGAGGUGGGCGGUGGGUACCCGGCACUGCAGCCAGCCGCCCCGGCCCCGCCCCCGGCGCCUGCUCCGCCCCGCCUCCUUCCCGCCGGCCCCGCCCAGGCCCCGCCUCCGCGCGCUCGCAGUCCCGGGAGCCCGCCCGACAUCAGGACCCGCGAGCGCCAAGGCUGGGGCGCACGGCGGGCGCUGCCAGCCGCUCCCGCUCCGGCUCCCGGCCCGGCGAGCGGGCCAUGCACCCGGCUCCAGCUGCGGCGCGCACCCAGGCCCGGCGAUGAGGAGCGGCGCCGAGCGCAGGGGCAGCAGCGCCGCGGCGCCCCCCGGCUCGCCGCCCCCCGGCCGCGCGCGCCCCACCGGCCCCGACGCGACCCCCACCCCGCCCGCGCCCCCCAGCGGCCAGCCCCGGGCCCGGGACUCGGGCGAUGCCCGCGCGCCGCCGCGCCCCCUGUUUGCGUGGAGCAAGUGGAAGAAGAGGAUGGGCUCGUCCAUGUCGGCGGCCACGGCGCGGAGGCCGGUGUUUGACGACAAGGAGGACGUGAACUUCGACCACUUCCAGAUCCUGCGGGCCAUCGGGAAGGGCAGCUUCGGCAAGGUGUGUAUCGUGCAGAAGCGGGACACGGAGAAGAUGUACGCCAUGAAGUACAUGAACAAGCAGCAGUGCAUCGAGCGGGACGAGGUCCGCAACGUGUUCCGGGAGCUGGAGAUCCUGCAGGAGAUCGAGCACGUCUUCCUCGUGAACCUCUGGUACUCCUUCCAGGAUGAGGAGGACAUGUUUAUGGUAGUGGACCUGCUUCUGGGCGGGGACCUGCGCUACCACCUGCAACAGAACGUGCAGUUCUCCGAGGACACGGUGAGGCUGUACAUCUGUGAGAUGGCACUGGCCCUCGACUACCUGCGCAGUCAGCACAUCAUCCACAGAGACGUUAAGCCUGACAACAUUCUGCUGGAUGAGCAAGGACACGCACACCUGACCGACUUCAACAUCGCCACCAUCAUAAAGGAUGGAGAGAGGGCAACCGCGCUAGCCGGGACCAAGCCCUACAUGGCUCCGGAGAUCUUCCAGUCCUUUGUCAACGGUGGGACUGGCUACUCCUUCGAGGUGGACUGGUGGUCAGUUGGGGUGAUGGCCUAUGAGCUGCUGCGCGGAUGGAGGCCCUACGACAUCCACUCGAGCAACGCAGUGGAGAGCCUGGUGCAGCUGUUCAGCACAAUGAGCGUGCAGUAUGUCCCCACGUGGUCCAAGGAGAUGGUGGCUCUGCUGCGGAAGCUUCUCACUGUGGACCCCAAGCACCGUGUGUCCAGCCUUCAGGACAUGCAGGCGGCCCCGUCACUGGCCGGCGUGCUGUGGGACGACCUGAGCGAAAAGAAAGUGGAGCCAGGCUUCGUGCCCAACAAAGGCCGCCUGCACUGCGACCCCACCUUCGAGCUGGAGGAGAUGAUCCUGGAGUCGAGGCCCCUGCACAAGAAGAAGAAGCGGCUGGCCAAGAACAGGUCCCGGGACAGCAGCAGGGACAGCUCCCAGUCUGAGAAUGACUACCUUCAGGACUGCCUUGAUGCCAUCCAGCAAGACUUUGUGAUUUUUAACAGAGAAAAGCUGAAGAGGAGCCAGGAUCCCGCGAGCGAGCCCCUGCCGGCACCCGAGGCGGGGGACACGGUGGAGGCCUCGGUGGACAGUGAGGGGGCGCGCCCCGCCCUGCCCAUGUGUGGCUCCAUCUGCCCGUCGGCCGGGAGCGGCUAGGCAGCCUGGCCAGCCUCUCAGAGUGCCAACUCAGGUUGCGUUGGAGACUCAGGGCUGCCAAGGGACAGCACGCUGGGGCAGUGGGUGGAGUCCCAGCUCGUCCACCCCGGAUCCAGGCUGGUGGCCCCCCCAUGCCCUGGCCAUAUUUUUACUGGAACAGUCUGACCGCCGAGCCUACCCUCGGGCUCCAGGUGGCACAUGGCAAGAGGCUGUCCGUGUGGCAGGGGUUGGUAGGCAAGGAGGGUGUGCACCACCUGACCACUCCCGUUACCUGCGAUGGUGGAGGGGGCACGUGGCCACCCGCCCUGACCUCACCUCGGGGGGGUCACGGAGGCCAGAGCCGCAUGGUGGGACAGGCGCUCUCGUCUCUCACCACCUCUUGGCUGUACAUAGCCCUCGUCGCCGGCCCUGCCGUGGGCUGUGCGAUGUCUGUGAGCUUGCUACCCCGAGCUGCGGGGUGGCCCAGGGUCUGCUGGGUUCUUGUACAUCAAGGGGGGAGGGUCGCGGGUGUGAAAGUGAGGAAUGUUUUAUAGACGCCAGCUGUUCCAGCAAUUUCUGCUGUGUUCUGUAUAGUUUUCACUCUGAGAAUUACAGUAGGGGAACUG